GUCAGGGGGGAGUCCCGGAAGUGGCUGCGUUUGCCGGUUCCCGGCCGGAGCGCGGUAGAGGUCUCACGCGAGGCGGCCGACAAGAUGGCGGAAUCUGCAAAUGUCACCCAUGAAGUCUUCAAUGCCACCCUCCACACUACGCUUGCUGCUACUACCAAACUGGUGGUUCCUACACCUGCUAAACCCAUCUUACCAGUUCAAACUGGAGUCCAAGCACAGCAAGAGGAGCAGUCUAGUGGCAUGACUAUUUUUUUUAGUCUUCUUGUAUUAGCUAUCUGCAUCAUAUUGGUGCAUUUACUGAUAAAAUACAGACUUCAUUUUUUACCAGAGAGUGUGGCUGUUGUUUCUUUAGGUAUCCUCAUGGGAGCUUUUAUAAAAAUCAUAGAGGCUCAGAAGCUGGCUAACUGGAAGGAAGAAGAAAUGUUUCGUCCAAAUAUGUUUUUUCUGCUUUUGCUUCCACCUAUUAUAUUUGAAUCUGGAUAUUCAUUGCAUAAGGGUAACUUUUUUCAGAACAUAGGUUCCAUCACACUAUUUUCUGUAUUUGGCACAGCAAUAUCGGCUUUCAUUGUAGGUGGAGGAAUUUAUUUUCUGGGCCAGGCUGAUGUAAUUUAUAAACUCAACAUGACAGACAGUUUUGCAUUCGGCUCUUUAAUAUCUGCAGUUGACCCGGUGGCUACUAUUGCCAUUUUCAAUGCCCUCAAUGUGGAUCCAGUACUUAACAUGUUGGUUUUUGGAGAAAGCAUUCUCAAUGAUGCAGUUUCUAUCGUCUUGACUAACACAGCAGAAGGUUUGACAAGAGAAAAUAUGUCAGAUGUAAGUGGAUGGCAAACAUUUCUACAAGCGCUGGGAUACUUUCUUAAGAUGUUCUUUGGCUCUGCAGCACUUGGCACACUUACUGGCCUUAUUUCUGCAUUAGUGCUAAAGCACAUUGACUUAAGGAAGACUCCCUCUCUGGAGUUUGGAAUGAUGAUUAUCUUUGCUUACCUUCCUUAUGGACUUGCAGAAGGUAUCUCACUAUCAGGUAUCAUGGCAAUCCUCUUCUCUGGCAUCGUGAUGUCUCACUAUACACAUCAUAAUCUGUCCCCAGUUACACAGAUUUUAAUGCAGCAGACACUGAGAACUGUUGCUUUUAUGUGUGAAACAUGUGUUUUUGCUUUUCUUGGCCUGUCAAUUUUUAGUUUUCCUCACAAGUUUGAAAUGUCCUUUGUCAUCUGGUGCAUAGUACUUGUUCUGUUUGGUAGAGCAGUGAAUAUUUUCCCACUCUCCUACCUACUCAACUUCUUCCGUGAUCAUAAAAUCACUCCCAAGAUGAUGUUUAUUAUGUGGUUUAGUGGUUUACGUGGUGCAAUUCCCUAUGCCCUCAGCCUCCAUUUGGGCCUGGAACCGAUAGAGAAGAGGCAGCUCAUUGGGACUACAACAAUCAUCAUUGUGUUGUUUACAAUUUUGCUGCUGGGAGGAGGAACCAUGCCCCUCAUCAGGCUAAUCGACAUUGAGGACUCCAAAGCACGCAGGAGGAACAAGAAAGACAUUAAUCUUAGCAAGACAGAGAAGAUGGGGAAUACCAUAGAAUCUGAACAUUUAUCAGAACUCACAGAGGAAGAGUAUGAAGCCCAGUACAUAAAACGCCAGGACCUCAAAGGGUUUAUGUGGUUUGAUGCCAAGUAUUUGAAUCCUUUCUUCACCAGACGACUCACGCAAGAGGACUUGCAUCAUGGGCGCAUACAGAUGAAAACCCUCACAAACAAAUGGUAUGAAGAAGUACGACAAGGACCCUCAGGAUCUGAAGAUGAUGAGCAAGAGCUGCUAUAGCCAACUGGGGAAGGAGUACAAUUAGUUUAUCAUUAGAAUGUCAAUGACUGGACUUAAGUAACAGCAAAGAUUUGACUGCACAAAAGCUGGAGAAUUGAGAGUGAACCUUCUGAUUUCAGACUUGUGCUGGUUUUAGAUAUCAAAACUAUCUACUGUUCUUCAUAUUACUAGUGAAUGACUGAGAACCUUCUAACACUGUCUGAAGCUGGACUGAAGCCGGAAUUUAUCAGAUUUUACAGCAUAGUAAACUUCAUGCAGCCUAUCAAAAAGCAGAAACACCCACCUUGAACUUAAAGACACUGUUUAAUGUGGGGUCUUCCUAUUACGAAAUAUGCUGUAUAUUUAUGCUGAAGUAUAGACUUUAUUGUAUGACUCUGCAAAACAAGAUGGAUAGCACUUUACCUUUUUUAAUACUCAUUCACAGCUUAGAGUUUUGAUGGUUUAUACUGUGAAUUUGUUUCAGCACUAGUAAGAGACUCUGUGAGGAAUAAAUCUAUAAUUUAUGGAUUUUGCACAUUAUGAAUCCAAAAUACAUAAUAAGUACCUUGACAAAAAGCAGAUGCUGCACAUAUAAGGAAGCACGUCUUAAAACUAGUGGAUAUGGAAUUUAAAAACUUCUGGGUUUCUGUUCUGUGGUUUUUGUUUUUUAUACUGAAGUGUAAUCCACAGUACCAGUUGUGGCAUGAUUUGGGGGGAGGGAGGGAAGGCACAGUACAGAACUGCUUUUGAAAUACUUUUGUUUCUUUAACACUUUUUCUUCCCUUUUCUUAAAACCAGUUGCAUUUAGGUUUCUGUAAUUAGUGAUUGCUCCCUGUUAGGGCUUUGGCUUCAAGUUUUAGGAAGCAGCUGCUUUUGUUACGUGUAAAUUAAUGAAGUGUCCCUAACACUCCCAAAAAAAUCACAAGAAGAAUUUUGGAAUUCUAGUAGAAGCAAAUUAAUGUUUUACACACCACUGUUUUGAGGGACUACACAUGUACAUGCAGAAGGGGAGUCUGCAAAAUCUAACCUAAGUAUGGAAAAGUUUAAUACUGCACAUGGCUGAAUCAUUCUCAGUUGGGAAGUGCCAAACAGUUUUCAUUAAGUUGUCUUGCUAGUUUGAUUUUUCUCUCCUGCUGUUUCAAGAUCAGCAGCAGCAUUUCACUUUUUCGAUGCAGCACGGGUAAUUUGCUCAAAACUGCUUACAACUGAAUAGAUACAUUUAUUUGUUCUGCGUUUGCCAUGGUUACAUAUACAGGCAUUUUCUCACACUGACAAUUCUAAUUGUCUCAUUAGCAUACUCAUUGUUGAAAUUUGAAAUUGCCAUUUUGGGUGUAAAUCAAGCAUGCCAGGGUACAUGUUUGUUUCUGAAAAAUCAUAUUUUUGGUUUGGUUUUGUUACUAGAGUUUUUGAUUAACUGCUUACCUUUGGGGAGAAAUAAAAGUUCAAGAAUGUUUG